AUGGAACAAACCCAGAAGAGGCCAUGCGAGAGAUUACCCAAAUUGCGAGCCGUCACCAGAAAACACAUUGCCCUCGCAUUCAUCGCCGAGGACGCUUACUUCACAAACCAUCCACUAUACCUUCACCUCAAGAGCAAAUGCGACACUCAAGAAAAGGAGGAGUACUUAGGCCGCGUUAUGUGGUCUGCAUUUGUAGAUUUAAUUCAAGAGUUGGGGUGGAACGCCAAGAUGGGUUUGGUUUGGGCCAACCAGAGUGGGAUUGCCUCCCGCGCUGUCAUUCUCGCCCACAAUGCAACGCUGGAAGACAGGCAGCUGCCACCACCUCGGCUGGUGGACAACAUGAAGGACGUUUUAGGGACUUCUCGUGACCCUAAAUGGUUUAAGUUGUACCCCUUAUGCUGA